AUGGAUAGUUCCUCUGUCCCUCCCUCCUCUCCACCCUCCGCCGUCAGGUCAACCGUUUCUGUUUCUGAUAUCAACCACACUGCCCCGCCAAGCCCAAACGAGGCCGCCGCCCCGAGCCCCGACACCUUGCGCAUUCCACGCCGUCGCCUUGAGACAAAGAUACCAGGGCGCAGAUUGUGGGGGAAGGCCUCGUCGACCACGUUGUGGUCGCUGUGCCGCCGUGCCGCCGUGCCGCCGUGCCGAUGUGCCCGGUGCCAUUGA